GAUCUGAAAAUUCAGCAAACUGUCAUAUGAAGUAAUUAUAGAAUAAUUGAAAAAAUGGCUGUAUUCUCAUCAAAUACUAAAGUAGAAAGCAGUUCAUAAAAAUGGGGUUUUUAGAGGACACGUUUGUUAUUCUUGUUACGCAGGUGCUCUUUUUCCUAGGAGGAUGGGUUUUCUUCGUAAAAAAAUUAUUUCGAGACUACGAGGUGCAUCAUAGAUUGGUGCAACUAAUUUUUUCAACCACGUUUUCUUUAUCAUGUACAAUGUUCGAAUUGAUUAUAUUCGAAAUAGUCGGAGUUUUGGAUUCUAGCUCUAGAUAUUUCCACUGGAAUGUUGGACUCUACAUGCUCCUUUUUAUGGUGAUAGUUUUGAUACCAUUUUAUAUCGCAUAUUUUAUUAUCAGCAAUGUUAGAUUUGUAAGGCUGAAUUUGAUAAGGCCACUAACGAUAUUAGUGUACCUAUUCUUCCUCUAUUUAUUUUGGAAAGCGGGCGAUCCGUUUCCAAUUCUGAGUCCAAAGAAAGGACUGUUAUCGAUAGAACAAGGAGUAAGUCGCAUUGGCGUAAUUGGCGUGACAGUAAUGGCUUUACUCUCAGGAUUUGGUGCCGUAAAUUAUCCUUAUUCUUCCAUGGCUUAUUUUAUGCGUCCAGUGACAAUUGCUGACGUUCAAGCAAUCGAGAGGCGACUUUUGCAAACAAUGGACAUGAUUAUCGCAAAGAAAAAAAGAAUUGCAUUGGCAAAAAAGGGCCAAGUCGGGGACCCAACCGAGGGUCGAUCUCGUCUUUGGGGGAUGUUGCCACUAGGUGGCUUGACAGGAAACCAAGAAAAUAUGAAACAACUGCAACAAGAGGUUUCUGGUUCUGAGGAAUUAUCGCGUCAACUCUUUUUAGAAGCUCACGACAUUCAAAAUGCGAGAGAACGAUUAGAGUGGGCGGCGACCUGGCAAGGAAAAUAUUUCAAUUUCCUUGGAUACUUUUUCUCCAUUUACUGCAUGUGGAAAAUUUUUAUCUCGAUAAUAAAUAUAGUUUUUGACCGUGUGGGUAAAAAAGAUCCAGUAACUAGAGGAAUGGAAAUAGCAGUUCACUGGAUUGGUUUCAAUAUCGAUGUUACUUUCUGGUCUCAACACAUAUCGUUUUAUCUUGUGGGGUGUAUUGUCGUCACUUCCAUCAGAGGAUUGUUACUAACUUUAACAAAGUUUUUCUACGCGAUAUCAAGCAGCAAAUCCUCGAAUAUUAUAGUUUUGAUGCUCGCUCAAAUAAUGGGAAUGUAUUUCGUAUCCUCCGUACUUUUGAUGCGAAUGAAUAUGCCAGCCGAGUAUCGAAUCAUCAUAACCCAAGUGCUAGGCGAUCUUCAAUUUAAUUUUUAUCACCGAUGGUUCGACGUCAUAUUUUUAGUAUCUGCAUUGUCUUCUAUAUUAUUUUUGUACUUGGCACAUAAGCAAGCACCGACUGAACGAACGUGAUUGAAAAUUAAAUAUUUUUUUUCCAAAACGAAUUUUUUUUAUUAACGUAUUUGCAUUUUCACAAUUGCGUACAUUCCAAUCGUAAUAUUUUUAACUGCCUUUAGACGAAAAUGAUGAAAGAUCGAUUUUGAAUGAAAGCGGAGAGUCAGCCCUGUUGAUGACACUGAACUUUUUAAAGCUGAAA